AUGGGCGGGAGUACGAACAGCUGGUGAUGCAAACAGUAGCCAAGGGCAUGGAUCACGAGGAUGCUGCAGCGCGACACCAAAAAGAGCUCCGGCCGAUGAUGAGCGAGGGGGGAGAGAAGGGAAACCCUAGUGAAGACAAGGAUGUCCCAGUGCACCGAUAGAUACGUUCGUUGUCCACGAGCGUCCGUCCUCCAGGUGAGCGACCAACCAAGGGGAAGAAAGAAGAAUUUGACGAUCAAUAUAACAAAGAAAUAUCCUUCGAGAAGCAAGGAGGACGGUCGGCGCCCGGAGAGAAGGAGAAGGCCGAGAGGAGCGAGGGCGCUGCCGUUGACGAAAUGAGAGGCAUUGCUUGUGCAGUGUGGUAGGGAAGUGGCACUGGAGUGUUGUUGCUGAUAACGGAGAACAGGAAGGGGAGCAUCUCCACAGUAACUAUCCAUGGGAGACUUACCGGGAGUAAAGUGACCGCCCCGUCGAAUUCGCUCCACCUGCAUCCACAUAACCCCACGGCUUGGCCCGGGGGGUCAGACGAAUGUCCAGCAAAUCACGGCGCGCUGAUGAUGAUGAUCGGACACAAGGAAAAACCAACUCAACGACAAGGAAAUAUCAGAGCAGCCGCCGAGCUAGGACGAAGAAGACGACGGUUGCUGCGGCUGCGGCUGCGGCUGCGGCUGCGGUUGUGGCUGCGGCUGA